AUGGGUCUCUCCCAUCUGGGCUUUUGCGUGCCCGCCUCCCGCUUGGAUGAAGUCGUUGCGUUCUACAAGGCUGCCCUGGCACCACUGGGGUAUAGGGAGCUCAUGCGCCCCGCGCCGCACGUCGUGGGCUUCGGGGCGUAUUACCCAGACUUCUGGAUUACCGGGGUGGAAGGGGAAGAAGACGGCGAUGAUGCGAGAGAUGAGAACGGGUUGAAACGGAAACCUAUUCAUGUUGCGUUUGAUACUAAGAACCGCGCCAUCGUCCACGACUUCCACGCUGCGGCCUUGGUUGCCGGUGGGAAGUGUAACGGCACCCCUGGGCUCCGGCCACAUUAUCACAAGUAUUACUACGGCUCUUUCGUGCUGGACCCCAUGGGUAAUAAUAUCGAGACGGUAUGCAUGUGGCCUGCCUGGACGCAUUGGAAGUAUUGGGUUGGGGCUGGGGUUUUCAGUAAGAAAGGGAAGGAGGAUUGA